AAUUCCAAAUUAUGUGCAGAAUGCCCAGUUUUCUCCCCACUAGGACGGAUCAGACGGUACAGAAAAGAGGACUCUGGUAAUUCUGUUUUUGCAUUUUGCAAGGUUUCUCCUCGAGCUUUACGUCAAACGUCAGGUAGGGAGGGAGUUGGGGUCCUGGCCAGCGCAGUGAGUGGAGAGGUUCUCUGACAGCCUCGCGCGCCCCUGGCCAUGUUGCCUUUACUGCCCUAUGACUUAGCGUGGCCCUCCCAGGGUUCCCAGGGCUGGCCGGGGUUGUUCCCCACCCGCGCAUUCUCCCUCACCCCCAGCCAAACUCAACUGGCAGGGCUCCGCCGAGGCGAGACCUUUUGACUCCAGCUCCUUCACUCCCGCCUCCGUCCCCCGCCCGAGGGUGGCCCUAGAGAGCCGGAUCUCGCCGGCCCGGCUGGGACCAUGGUGUUUCUCUCAGGAAAUGCUUCCGACAGCUCCAACUGCACCCACCCGCCGGCACCAGUGAACAUUUCCAAGGCCAUUCUGCUCGGGGUGAUCUUAGGGGGACUCAUCAUUUUCGGGGUGCUGGGGAACAUCCUAGUGAUCCUCUCCGUGGCCUGUCACCGGCAUCUGCACUCGGUCACUCACUAUUACAUCGUCAACCUGGCUGUGGCCGAUCUGCUGCUCACCUCCACGGUCCUGCCCUUCUCCGCCAUCUUCGAGAUCUUGGGCUACUGGGCCUUUGGCAGGGUCUUCUGCAAUAUCUGGGCUGCAGUGGACGUCCUGUGCUGCACUGCGUCCAUCAUGGGCCUUUGCAUCAUCUCCAUUGACCGCUACAUCGGCGUGAGCUACCCGCUGCGCUACCCGACCAUCGUCACCCAGAGGAGGGGCGUCAGGGCUCUGCUCUGCGUCUGGGCGCUUUCCCUGGUCAUCUCCAUCGGGCCCCUGUUUGGCUGGAGGCAGCCGGCCCCCGACGAUGAGACGAUCUGCCAGAUCAACGAGGAGCCUGGCUACGUGCUCUUCUCGGCGCUGGGUUCUUUCUACGUGCCGCUGGCCAUCAUCCUGGUCAUGUACUGCCGGGUCUACGUGGUGGCCAAGAGGGAGAGCAGGGGCCUCAAGUCCGGCCUCAAGACCGACAAGUCCGACUCGGAGCAAGUGACGCUUCGCAUACACCGGAAAAAUGUCGCGGCAGGAGGCUGCGGAAUGAGCAGCGCCAAGAACAAGACGCACUUUUCGGUGAGGCUCCUCAAGUUUUCCCGGGAGAAGAAAGCGGCCAAAACGCUGGGCAUCGUGGUCGGCUGCUUCGUGCUGUGCUGGCUGCCCUUCUUCCUGGUGAUGCCCAUCGGGUCUUUCUUUCCUGAUUUCAAACCCUCCGAAACAGUUUUUAAAAUAGUAUUUUGGCUUGGAUACCUAAACAGCUGCAUCAACCCUAUCAUCUAUCCAUGCUCCAGUCAAGAGUUCAAGAAAGCCUUCCAGAAUGUCUUGAGAAUCCAGUGUCUCCGCAGAAAGCAGUCUUCUAAGCACACCCUGGGCUACACCUUGCAUGCCCCCAGCCAGGCCCUGGAGGGGCAGCAAAAGGACAUGGUCCGCAUCCCCGUGGGAUCCGGGGAGACCUUCUAUAAGAUCUCCAAGACGGACGGGGUCUGUGAAUGGAAAUUUUUCUCUUCCGUGCCCCACGGAUCUGCCAGGAUUACAAUGCCCAAGGACCAAUCAGCCUGCACCACGGCUCGGGUGAGAAGUAAAAGCUUUUUGCAGGUCUGCUGCUGUGUGGGGCCCUCAGACCCCAGCCUUGGAGAAAACCACCAAGUUCCAACCAUUAAGAUCCACACCAUCUCCCUCAGUGAGAAUGGAGAGGAAGUCUAG